AUGGCGGAGCUGGGCGAGCUGAAGCACAUGGUGAUGAGCUUCCGGGUGUCUGAGCUGCAAGUGCUCCUGGGCUUCGCAGGCCGCAACAAGAGUGGGCGGAAGCACGAGCUGCUGGCCAAGGCCCUGCACCUGCUCAGGCCCAGUGCCGUGCCCGGUGUCCAGAUGAAGAUCAAGGAGCUCUACCGCCGCCGCUUCCCCCGCAAGAGCCUGGGGCCCACUGACCUCUCCCUGCUAGCUCUGCCCCCCGGGGCGCCCAGCGGCUCCCCAGGGCCUCUGGCUCCCCUGGCCCCCUCCCUCCUGACCCCCAGCCCCCUGCUGGGCCUCAAGCGGGAGGCAGAUCUGCACCCCCCACUACAGCAACCUGUGCACCCCGAUGUCACCAUGAAGCCCCUGCCCUUCUACGAGGUCUACGGGGAGCUCAUCCGGCCUACCACACUCGCGUCCACCUCCGGCCAGCGCUUUGAGGAGGCACAUUUUACGUUUGCACUCACUCCUCAGCAGGUGCAACAGAUUCUCACGUCCAGAGAGGUUUUGCCGGGUGCCAAGUGUGACUAUACCAUCCAGGUGCAGCUGAGGUUCUGUCUCUGUGAGACCAGCUGCCCCCAGGAGGACUAUUUUCCUCCCAACCUCUUCGUCAAGGUCAAUGGGAAGCUGUGCCCUCUACCGGGCUACCUCCCCCCAACAAAGAAUGGGGCCGAACCUAAGAGGCCUAGUCGCCCCAUCAACCUCACGCCCCUGGCCCGCCUCUCAGCCACCGUCCCCAACAGCAUCGUGGUCAACUGGUCAUCUGAGUUUGGACGAAGUUACUCCUUGUCCGUGUACCUGGUGAGACAGUUGACCGCAGGGACGCUUCUCCAGAAACUGAGAGCAAAGGGCAUUCGGAACCCGGACCACUCCCGGGCACUGAUCAAAGAGAAGCUGACUGCUGACCCCGACAGUGAGGUGGCCACCACCAGCCUCCGUGUGUCACUUAUGUGCCCGCUGGGGAAGAUGCGCCUGACCGUGCCCUGCCGGGCCCUCACCUGCGCCCACCUGCAGAGCUUUGAUGCUGCCCUCUACCUUCAGAUGAAUGAGAAAAAGCCCACGUGGACAUGUCCUGUGUGCGACAAGAAGGCCCCCUACGAGUCUCUGAUCAUCGAUGGUUUAUUCAUGGAGAUUCUUAACUCUUGCUCCGACUGUGAUGAGAUUCAAUUUAUGGAAGAUGGAUCUUGGUGCCCAAUGAAACCCAAGAAAGAGGCGUCUGAGGUUUGCCCCCCAUCAGGGUAUGGGCUGGAUGGCCUCCAGUACAGCCCAGUGCAAGAAGCCAGCCCCUCAGAGAGUAAGAAAAAGAUCGAGGUAAUUGACCUGACAGUGGAAAGCUCAUCGGAUGAUGAGGACCUGCCCCCUGCCAAGAAGCACUGUACUGCCACCUCAGCCACCAUCCCGGCCCUCUCCGGGACCAAAGGAGUCCUCACCUCUGCUCAGCAGCCAUCAUCUGUGCUGCGGAGUCCCUCCAUGGGCACGCUGGGUGGGGACUUCCUGUCUGCUCUCCCGCUGCAGGAUUACCCGCCGGCCUUCCCUUUGGGGGCUGAGAUCCAAGGCUUAGAUUUAUUUUCUUUCCUUCAGACUGAGAGUCAGCACUAUGGCCCCUCCGUCAUCACCUCCAUCGAUGAGCAAGAUGCCCUUGGACACUUCUUCCAGUUCCGAGGAACCCCAUCCCACUUCCUGGGCCCACUGGCUCCUGCACUGGGGAGCUCGCACCGUGGAGCUACGCCAGCACCCCCUGCUGGACGAGUCAGCAGUAUUGUGGCUCCUGGAGGGGCCCUGAGGGAGACCCACGGGGGACCGCUGCCCUCAGGCCCCUCUCUGACAGGCCGAAGGCCAGACAUCAUCUCCCUGGACUGAGAGGCCAGAGACGAGGUGCCCAGACCACCUCUGGGCAGGGAGCAAGCAUGGCCUAGGCCAGUCUUCCUCCCAGGGUCUUGGCUUGGGCCAGGGGGACCCUCCCAGGCUCCUGGGUGGGUCUAGUCUUUGCUCAAUAAGGCCGGCAACAAAGGGUUAAUAUUUAACCUUCCUAAAGAACACUGGGCUGAAUUUUGGGAACUUCCUGGCUGGUGGCCCUUUCCUGGGGGCAGGAGUGCUUGCCCAUGUGUGGAGCCAGGAGGGGAGGAGGUCUGAACCCCAGCCUUGUGUGGAGCAGUGGAAGGGCUCUUCUCCCCGACCUCACCCAAGGUGCUGCCCUUCCCCACUGCCUUGGUGCCACGGACUCUUCGUGUCCAUCCCUUCCCUUGGCCCUGAGGUGAGAACAGGGAUGCACGUGGACAGAGAACUCUAUUUUGGGCUGCAAUUUUUGUACAUAAACAAGAGAAACCAAAUACUCCAAAGAUGACCCCCACCCCCCCCCCCCCGCCUCUGCCUUCGCAGUGUGACUGAGGAGAGAGUUAACAGGGCAUGGCCGCUCCCUGGGUCUCUAUUUAUAUAUUUAAGUUCACGACACUUUCACAUCAGCCAGCUUCCGGAGCAUGGGGCCCCGCAGUGGCCAGGCUCGAUCUGCACCUUUCUGGGACUGGAGCAAGGAUCCCAGCCUCCUACUCCCAUCCCCAUCCCCCUCUAUGUUUUCAAGUUCAGAUCUAUGUUGUAAUUUUUACUUUUCAUUCCUCAAGUUGUAGCAGUCUUCACCCACAAUAAAAGUUGUGAAUGUUGUGCGUGUCAUAGAAA